GUGACGUUUCAUGGAAACAUAAAUGAGCCAUUUUCAUUGGCUGCUGUCGAACAGUGACGUCAUCCACUUCAGCGGAACUAAUGAACCACAGAAGAAAGACUCGCAUUUCUCACUCACCAAGGAGGGAUGAGCCAUUAGGAAGAUGGCAGAGACAGAGGAACAAGGUGAAGGAAGCGGAGCAGAUCCUUGAAGCGCAGCUGAAAGAAACUGUGCCCAGAGGGACCUGCCAGACCAUGUGUCCUGUUCAAGAGCUACGAGAUCGUGAGGCUCAGAGCAGACUUCACUGUUUUGAAAUGGUGCCAGGCACAGAGAGAAAUCGAAAGCCAAAGGGAGACCCUUUGCGAGUUGUCAAAGAGUACUCUAGACCAGCAGCUGGAAAAGAUGUGACGAAGCCCUCUGACCUCCGACCACCUGACAUGUUGUUGAAAACUGUUUUUUACCUUAUUGAUGACAUUGCAGCCUCUCCUCUGCAUCCAUGGACUGAGGUGUAUAGCUUCGUCUUUGAUCGGUUACGUAGUGUGAAACAGGAUAUGAUCAUCCAGAGGUUGUCUGGAAGGGACUGCGUGGCCAUUUUAGAGCGGACCGUGCGUUUCCUCAUCUAUGCUUCUUAUCGUCUUUGUGGUGAACCCCUGCGGUGUUAUGAACCACGCAUCAACGAUACACACCUACAAGAGUGCCUGAGCUGGUUGUUGGACUGCUACACAACUGGAACAGGAGUCUACUCAAACCAGGAGGAGUUUCAGGCUCUUUGUUUGUUGUACAAUUUAGGCUCAGCUCAAGCCACGCAACAUGUCAUCCAACUCCCCAAACGACUGCGCAGCACUCCUGCUGUCACACUUGCGCUGGCUAUAAAUCGAGCUUUCCUGGAGAGAAACCCUGUUCGCCUUCUCCGAUUGGCUCGGGGCCUGAACUUCCUGCAGGCCUGCGCACUGCACCGUCACCUGGCAGUGUGCCGUAGAGAUCUGCUGCUGAUAUACAGCCAUGGGUACAGCAGCCGCAACUGCAGCUUCCCUCUGGACAGACUGGCUCAAGUUUUGUCUUUAGACGCAUCGCUUACAGCUCAUCUUUGUGAGACGUAUGGAGUGGAGGUUAAGAAGCACGACCAUGUGGUUUUUUCCAAAGCUGCUUUCACUGAAGCUGAACAUGGGAGGCUGCAUUGUAAACUGUAUCACAGCGUAGUGUGUGAGAAACAGAAGGACCUCACGGUUCAGAGCAUCAUUCAUGGCUGCUCUUGACACAUUUGUGCUUUUUGUGUUCGUGUUCAGUUAGCAGCAGGAAAAUUGUCUUCUUUUGUUGUUGAGCACUGAGAGGGCCUGUUUUUAUAUUUGUAAUGAUGUUACAGUUGAAUAUAAUUUCAAGUAUUGAAUAGAAUUAAGUCUAUUAAGAUUUUGCAUCAUUGUUGAACAUUAGAAACUGAUGCUCUGGGCUGUAAUUAAAUCCUUUAAGAUGUGAA